AUGGAAAUCACCUGCAAAACCAACCAGAUUCAAGGAAGAAAGUCCACAACGCAACACAAAAGAGAACAAACCAAUCAAAAGCGGACCAACAACACCCAAAUGAAGCUAUCCAAACAACCAAUGGAAUGCGAUAUUCACAUUCCACUGUGCAGCGCGAAUCGCCAUCGGGCCAAGAAUAUUAAAUGA